CUAGCCGGAGGCAGCUGUUACCAUGAGAAAGCUCUUAUGUCUGCCAUAUAAGACUGCUGAAACGGUUUCUUCCAAUGUCACUCCCCAUCUCUUGAACCAUCCAAUCUAUCUCGAGCACCUUUCGAAAGCUUUUGUAUCUUGAUAUCAAUCGCUCACUGUCUGCCAGUCAGUCCUCUUACCCACCCUUUCCAAAACACUCCAACGCAAGCGUUCACCGUUGCACCACCCCUACAUAUCAAGAUGCAUUUCACCAAGCUCUUCGCCUUCGCGGCCUUUGCCCUCCCCACCUUCGUCGCCGCCAUCCCCGCCGCGGAGCCCGCUGCCGCUCCUCAACCCGCCGCCCUUCCCUACGCCCUCCCCAUCCCCGCUGAGCUCAUGAACCAGAUGAAUCAGCUCGAUACCCGCCAACUCGAUCUCGGCGGCGUCCUGGGCAACCUGACCGGCAUCCUUGGCUCCCUUGGGAAGCUCCUCAAUGCUGAAACCAUUGACAAGCUCGCUGUUGUCAUCGACGGCGCGGCCAUCCUCCUUGCGGAUCCCACGCCUAAGCAGAUCGUUGACUUGAUCGGCACUAUCAGCAAUCUGCUCGGCCCUCUUGUUAAUAUCAUCACUCCGGAGGUUAUGCAGUCGCUGGCUGACGCCCUUGGUUCGAUCCUCACUCCGGACUUCAUCAAUACCAUCAAGGAUCUCGUCACGACAUUGGCACCGCUCAUCUCUGGCAUCGCCCAAUUCAUCUCCGUCCUGCUCGGAAGCCUGUUCGGCAUCAGCACUUAAGCUUAGUCUCGUAUCUUUUGGCGAGCGAUUUGUUGUGGGCAGCGAGGGGGCGUCGUCAAAACGCAUGGAACGCGCUGUCUGUCGUCCGUUGAGGAGCCUAGUUCAUGCUUCCGGGUUUCUGUAAUUAAUCUUUCGGUUCCGGUCGUUGGACGUUGGACAUAUUGA